AUGUCGCCAGAAACUCUAGCCUUUCUGCGGCUUCUGCCCGUAUUGAGCUCGACGGCGAUCCUCAUGUUCGCGUUCGAUGAAUACCUGUUCCUAUCACGUUUCAUGAACCCGACGUAUCGAAAUGAAUCCAACGCCUUUCUCGCGAAAUGGUUCACCCAAUGGCUCGCCAAAGCGAAAUUCGUAAUCAUAACCCUCUUCCCCUUCUCCCUGGGCACCGCCCUCGCCAACAUCUUCACCUCGCGCUCCGCGCUCCAGGCCGCCGGCGCGGAAAAAUGGUACUGGUGCGGCUUCGCGUUUCAAUUCGCGCAUUUCCUGUUCGCGCCCAUUGCGAUUAAAUUGCUGAAUGAGGUUUGUGAGGAUAAGCCGAAGGGGGAGGUGACGGGGACGAUGGGGAAGUGGUUGAAGAUGCAUUUGGUGAGGUCGGUUGUGGUGGAUGUGGGGGCGUGGGUGUUCUUUAUUGUGGGAAAUGUAAUGGCGAGGUAG